AUGGCAAAACCAAAUUCAUCAAAUAUGCUAACUGGGAAUCAAGAUUUUACUCCCAAAUUCCUCCAAAUAAAGCAGGAUGACAAAUUUUUCUCUAGGCUCUUGUCCAAGGAGAAAAACUCCUCUCCCUCCUCCGUGGCCUGGGAUUCAUCAUUCAGAGUGUCUUAUUAUGGUGGCGCUGGCGGUUCUGUUCCAUUCUUGUGGGAAUCUCAGCCGGGCACCCCUAAACACGCAUUUUCAGGCAACCCUCUUCCGCCGCUUACUCCACCACCUUCUUAUAAAUUUAGCCCGAACAAUUCCAUGCAGAAAAAUAAUACCAGAAACUCCAAAAUGUUUUCUUCCAUUAUUCCAAGAAGUUCUUCCAAGAAAAUUAACAUUUCGCCAUCAUUUUCAUCGUCAUCAUCGUGCUCUUCAUCAUCCUAUUCAGCCUCAUCCACGCCGAUGAAUUGGCCAUCAAACACUCGAAAAUAUUCUAAGGCAAGUUCAACAUCAGCUGUCCAUUCCGGGCUAUACGAAGAGGGACAAGAAUCAAUUUCUCCCACGUCAACAUUGUGCUUUGGUAAUAGAAAUGGAAGUUCCAGCAAGAUUAGAAGGCAGUACUACCCCAUGAACAGUGUGAAGAGGGCAUUCUUGUCUAUUGUUGGCUAUGCUAAUUAA